AUGGCUACUGUGAUCAACGUUGCUGAUAAAGAACAACUUGAACAAAUUUUACAAGAGGCAGCAAAUGUUGCCAAUGGUCCAGCUAUUGUAGUUAUAGAUUUCUAUGCUACAUGGUGCCAUCCUUGUUCUGAAAUAGCACCCAUCUUUAAAGAAUUAAGUACUAGGUACACGAAAAUGAAAUUCCUCAAAAUUGAUGUUGAUAAACUUGAGGAUGUUGCACAACAGUACAAUGUUCGAUCAUUGCCUACAUUUGUAUUUCUACGUGGUACUUUACCAAUCGAUCGUAUUACAGGUGCAUCUGCUCAAAAGUUAAGAGAUAAAGUUCAAGAGCUUGCUACUGCUGCACCAGACUCACAGGAGGGUGGUUCACAAAAAAGUACACAGUCUUCCAAACAACUUGAAUUAGAUAUACUCCUGUCAAAAAGUCAAUGUGAAUGUUUAAAUGAAGAUGAUUCACAUUCACUGUCACAAUUACUCAAUUCACCAGAUGAUGAGAAGACCUAUUUACUCUCUGAUACAGAUGAACAGCUUAUUAUAUAUGUUACAUUCUCUCAAUUUGUUCGAGUGCAAGCAGUGCAGAUCAACGGACCUAAAGAAAAUGCUCCAAAAUUAGUAAAACUUUUUAUCAAUCAAAUAUCAACACCAGAUUUUGAUAGUUGUGAAGCUGGUGAAGCUGUACAAACAUUAGAGUUAACAGAGGAUGAUAUUAAAGAGGGUGGAGUAACUCAAUUGAAUUUUGUAAAGUUCCAAAAUGUCAACACUAUAACACUUUUUGUGAAAAACAAUCAAUCGUCAACAGAUCAAACACGAAUUGAUAAGCUGAGAUUCUUUGGUUAUCCAGUGAACACUAUAAAUAUGAAUGAAUUUAAAAGGGUCUCUGGUAAAAAGGGUGAAGCACACGGUUAA